CCCUCACAUCCGGGGUGUUGGAGUCUGUGUGUGAGGGCUGGAAGGAAACAAGCUGAUGUAACCGCGGGAUUGGGUUCAAUCCCACGUGUAAUCCUCUUUAUUUUUCAGAUUUAAUUCAGUUCUGAUGUURGCUGGUCUAAGGUUUGUUUCCUGUGGUUCAGGAGGAAAUAACGACUCCCUGAACCGGCUCUGAUCCCGUAAAGUCAAAGAGGUUGUUCAGGAAGAGCUGAAGGGACUAUUUCUGUCUGUGAGGCUGUAACGAAGCACCGGCACCACGUCAGGGUGUAUAAAUAACUGGCUUUUCACAGGGACAGUGUCUGUUUACGUUUUGAGGUGAUGGACCGGGUUCGUCACGCCGGAAGACAAAGUGUCUAACAAACCCGACCAGUGACCGGCAAUGGAGUACAUGAACAACGCCUCGAACAGCUACGGUGCUGGAGAUGCCGUUAGCUCCUCCUUGGCUAACAUGACCAUCAACGACCAGCAUCACCAGGAGAACGGAGUGGCCAAAAUGAAAGAAGACAAAGGCGUCCAUGAAAACUCUGUGAAAUCUGUUUCUGAACUUUCUCAGCCGGAGAACGAUCGAUGUGAUGAAGAGGCGCUGCCUGCAGAAGCUUCAGCAGCAGGAGGAGGAGCUGCAGUUGUCUCUGAGCUCUCAGAAAGAGAGAGCUCCUCGAGCGAAGACAAGGGGGAAGUUGCAGGAGGACCAUCUUCAACAGCUCAAGCAAAGACAAAUAMUGGAGAGAAGCCUCAAACCACCACCUCACCGCCCUCUUCCCCCAAAACAUCACCCAUUGUCACCAAGAGCAACAAAACACCCGCCUCGUCCCGAAACGGCCACAGCUCCAUUCCUGUUAAAACCCUCAGCCCGGGGGCGAGGCGGCCYGGAGCUGCAGCGAAACCUCAAGGAGCCAAAACUUCAGCCAGAACUCAACCAGAUGCUCGAAGCGGACAGAGCAGCCCCGGAACGCCCAAAUCCCCCGGCAGCCAGGCGGUCUCUGCCUCCGAGGCCAACAAAGUGAAGAAGGUGGCGGUCGUCCGCUCCACUCCCAAGUCUCCCAGCUCGCUGAAGACCCGUUCGCCGGCUCCUCUGGUGGCCGCCGCCGCCGCCGCCGCUCCGAUGCCCGACCUGAAGAACGUCAGGUCCAAGAUCGGCUCCACAGACAACAUUAAACACCAGCCUGGAGGCGGGAAGGUACAAAUCCUUGAUCAGAAGUUGGACUUUAGUACUGUGCAGUCUAAGUGUGGCUCCAAAGGCAAUAUCAAACAUGUACCCGGUGGAGGCAAUGUCCAAAUCCUGGAUAAGAAGCUGGACCUGUCSAGCGUCCAGGCCCGCUGUGGGUCUAAAGACAACUUAAAGCACAAACCAGGUGGAGGAAAGGUUCAAAUUCUUGAUCAGAAGUUGGAUUUAAGCAGCGUGCAGUCCCGCUGCGGCUCCAAAGAUAAUAUCAAACACGUUCCCGGUGGUGGAAAUGUCCAGAUUGUGCACAAAAAGAUCGAUCUGAGCAACGUUCAGGCCAAAUGUGGAUCGAAGGACAACAUUCGCCACAAACCAGGCGGUGGAAACAUUGAGAUCAAAAAUGAGAAGAUAGAGUUUAAGGUUCAGUCUAAAGUCGGCUCCAUGGACAACAUCGGCCACGUUCCUGGAGGCGGACAGAAAAAGAUCGAGAGCCACAAGCUGAGUUUCCGUGAGACGGCCAAGGCCCGCACCGACCACGGCGCCGAGAUCGUCUCCCUGGACGAGUCCCCGCACCAGCUGAGCACCGUGUCGUCCUCCGGCAGCAUCAACAUGGCCGACUCUCCGCAGCUGUCCACGCUGGCCGACCAGGUGUCCGCCUCCCUGGCCAAGCAGGGCUUGUGAACGCAGCCCCGCCCACGACCACACGGAGGAGUCGUGACGCCUUCCUCCUUCUUUUCACUGGACUUUUUAUUUCCUCCAGCUUCCCGUCACCGUUUAUCCACUAACCUUUUUAAUAUUAGAGCUCGUAAAGAAGAAAAAAAAAAAACAAAUAAGCUAAAAUGUAUUGAUUUUUCUCUCUACUCAGAAGCUUUGAACCUUUUGUAGUGACCGUUUCAGAGUUCAAGCAGAAAUCAACAAAUCCUGGUAAAUAUGACUUUGUCUCCUCUCACAGACUGUAAACCCUUUAGGAUUAACCUUUGCUGGGUGUCCGCUAAGUUAAUUUAUUUUGUAUUUAAAUACCGAACAGUGCAGACGGUUUGAAGGAACAGUUUCAGGGUCUGGUGAGGGGGGUUUAGGUAGAAAACRGCUUAAAGAAAAGUAGCAAAUUUCCUGUUAAAGCAGGAAAAAWAAGUGCUUUGAGACGUCGCUGCUGUUUUUGCUUCAUGCUGCUGCUCCUCCAGCUGCAGCCGCUGACCUCAGCUGAAAUCAGAGCACCGAGGAGCCGCUGUGAGCUCACCCAGACCCUCACUGGUCACAGUCAUCCCUGGGUUAGUCACUCUUCAAUCACAACACAUCAUGAGUCACUGUUAGCUUGUUUUAAUGUUUGYUAUAUUUAAAUAAAAUUAAACACCACAACGGUUUAAUAGAUUUUAUAUCAUAUUUAAAUUUUAAAUGCUAAUUUCUCGAUUCUUCCGUUAGCUAACCACACACAGGCUAACCUAAAGUAACGGUGCUAAUGUCAGAAAGCUAACAAGUAGUGCUGAGAUGCUCUUAACACUUCUUGCUAAAAUCCUGGAUAUUUUUUCUGUUAGCUCAUCAUUUGGCAUUUUAGUGUAGGGAUGUUGGCUAAAUGCUAUCGACUAGCCUAGGCUAAAGACACCAUGUGUUAGCAUUGUAAUGCUAACAUUGUAACGUAAAGUGAUCAAAUGCAUUUAUGAUAAAGACCAAUUGGACAAUGUUAGAAGCUAAUAACCUUUCGAUGGCAAAUCUCUACUGUUAGCAUAAAAAUGCUAAUGUGGAGAUGCUAAUUAUCAGCCUGCAUAAGGCUGAUUAGCUAAAUGCCAAUACUUGUGUAUGUUCACUUCUAAUCAAAAUCUUAUUACCUGCCUAGCAAAGAAUAACUAUUUACAUGGCUAGCAUAAGCAUGCUAACAAGGAAUCAGGUUCUAGGUUUUAUCUAAAACUUUUAGUUAUACUUACAUUUUUUUGAAUUAUCAUUAGCAAUGCUUAAGCUAAUGCUAAUUGUUAGCAUAAACAUAUUUGUGAUCAGCUAAAUAAGGCCAGACGAGAGCUAACCAGGUGUUAAAAUUACAGUUAGCCUACUGGAUGGCUUAAAAACAAAUGCCUAAAGUUAAUAAGAUGCUAACGAUCGAAAAGUACAGAAAGAAUAUUCACUUUUCCUGAGCUUGCUAAUGAUUAGCAUACUGAUGCUAGUGACUAGCCUGGGGAUGCUAGUAAACUCAUUGAUUUACUUUACUAUUCUCCAACCUCAAGAACUAAAUAAAUCACAGUAUUUGUUUUCUCGGUGCUCUUGUGCGUUGCUUUAAAAAAAAAACAGUUAAACAGGAAGUUGGUUUGGGCCCGUUUUCUAAUCGUCUUCUGUGGAUAUAUGAUAUGUAUUUGAUAUGAAGAAACAUUUGUAUUGUGCCUGCUACUGUCAGUGUUCUUUAUUCUUUACAGCUCCUACUGGACGCUUACGAAAGCUCGACUCGCGAGGAGGAAAAUUUCAUUUAAACAACCCUCUAGGUACUCAAACAUGGAUGUGGAAACGAACCGAGCAGGAAGGAUUUUAUUAGAUUUGGGCUGAUUUUUUUUUUUUUUUUUUGGAAAAAGAUGGUUGUGUGGAGCUAAACUGGGCCUGAAGUUAGUUAAAAAUAUAUAUUUAGAACUGAAAAAAGUUCAAAUUUACUUCAAUCAUAUAAUUGAGUAGGUGUGGCUUACUGUUGUGGUAGAUAAUUAAGGUAUGAUGGACCAUUGUGUCCUACAAKAUAUGGCAGGUCAUUUUAUCAUGAAAUUGGAUGGCAGGCUGUUAGUUUACUCAAGACAUGCUGUUAUAAUUUAAUUUAUGGCAGGCCAUUGUAGCAUACAAUUCAUAAUUAUAGCAGGUCAUUGUAUCACAUAAGUUUCAAUUUAUGGCAAGCCAAUGUUUUAUAUAAUAAAAAAAAAWWUUUUUUUCAGUUUUGAAUGUUUAUUUUUUUAAACAAACUUUAUGGCCCCAGUGUAGCUCCACAUUUGUCAGAAUUAUGCAGCUGAAACUCCAUCUUGUGUUUUCCGCUUCCAUUCGAUCCCAUCAGAACUCAGACGUGGUGAUUUUCACUUCUUGCAUGAGGGAACCGUCUGCUUGUUGCCUCCCUUCACUAAGUGACGUCCUCGUGUUUCCCUGGAUUUACUUCAGGGGGGGUGUGUGUGCCGACGUUAAGGGUUACCUGCAUGCUGAGUUCUUUAGUUCAUCACAGGAACAAACAAGCUGUAGACAGGAAGUAACACUUUUAAGUUUUGAGGCUGUACAGAUGUGCAAACGUGAUUGUUCUCGUUAUCGUGCCAUUUAUCAAUAACUGGUUUGAUGAUUCUCGUUGCUGUUUGUGUGUAUUUGAAAUAAACGCUACAAAGUCUCA